CGGGGUGCGAGGGCCCUCAUAACGCUGCUUGCAGCUUUAAUUGUACAUUGAAGUCAUUUACCAACAUUCUUAAGGUUUUACAGCAUGGGCAGUUGUAAAGUAACCUUCAGUUCCUAUACUGUAAUCUGUUAUAGCCUGGUUUACUUCACAUUCAAGCUGACCAAUUUCCAAAUGUAUUUGUAUUUAUAUCUAUUUAUAAGGGCAGCCGUAGUGAAAUCCACUCCAUACUCCCAAAGCAUCUGCCACAGAAUACUUUGAGGAAUACAGUCAAAUGCCUUCUCCAAAUCCACGUUCUCCAAAAACAUAGACUGCUUGGACUCCCAUGCACACUUAAAUAUCCUCGAGAGGGUAAGGAGCUGAUCCAGUGGUCCAAGCUUUCAACUAACAGAUGGACUCUCCUUUCCAGCACCCUGGCAUAGAUUUUCUCAGGGAGGCUGAGGAGUGUGAUCCCCCUAUAGUUGGAGCACACCCUUCUAACCCUUCUUAAAGAUGGAACCACCACCCUGGUCUGCCAGUCCAGAUCUCCACGCAACAUUGUUGAGGUGUGUCAACUAAGACAGUGCUCCAACAUCCAGAGCCUUCAGGAAUUCAGGCUGAUCCAACCCAUGAGCCCUGCCACCAAGGAGUUGUUUAACUGCCUUAGUGACCUCAUCGUCAGUGAUACAAUUAUCUUUCGGAAGAUCAGUGAUGUGAAACGUGAAGAGGAAGAGAUGCUGAAAAGGAAGAAUGAGGCUCCUCUCAACCUCCCACCAGACCACCCAGUUCGACGACUCUUUCAGCGUUUCCGGCAGCAGAAGGAAGCCCGUCUCGCUGCUGAGCGGGGUAGUCAGGCCACUGGUGAUGUCGAGAAAGGUGUUAUUCACCUGGAGCCAUCCAGAGGUCCAGAGAGGCUUGCCUCUACUAGUAUUGUCGUAGUAACUGAGAACCAAGCUGCAACCACCAGUUCCUCCACAUCUUCAUCAUCCAGGGCAUCCAGUCAAGCCAUGUUUCAUGUUCCCGCCAUCCAAAAUGGCAGCCUAACUGGUUGCAAAUCUGCAGAGCCACCCAAAGCUAAAGGGUGGGGACGUUUCAAAGAGUCAGUUGUGAAAGCUGAGUCAUGGAGCAGUGUCUCCAAGGCUGAGUCCAUGGAAAUGCUGACUGAUAGAACUAAGUGUCACAACGAGGUGUCUCUAAGGAAAACAGAUUCAUGUGACAGUGGCAUCACAAAGAGUGAUCUCCGCUUAGAUAAUGUUGGCAGUGUCAGAACACCACAGGAGCAGAGCCCAGUCCAGUCUGAUGAAAAGAGGGUCUUUUGUUCAAUACCAGAGCAGAGUGUGCAAGCAUCUAUCCUCGAGUUCAAACAAGAAUUAAAAAGAGACAUCAGAUCUCUGAACAGUCGCAUGACAGUGCUGGAGACACAGCUUACAGAGGUGCUACGACUUCUUAAAUCAAGGAAAUCAUCUGGGUCCUUUUUCGAGUUCUCUCGGCCACCAUCUCCUGACUCUGAUAAGGACAGCUUCAAUUAAAUUAGAUGCCUCGGAUACAUACAUAAGUGUGGUUGUGGUUAGUGAUUCAUCAUUGUCAUAUCAUACUCAGCAUACUCAUCCUAUGCUGUCUGUAUGGUAUCAUAUACCAUAUGAUACCUGGAACAUAAAGACAGCAAAAGCACCUUUUAUGUUUUCAGCAUUACGCUUCUGUUUGAGAUAGUCAGGUCCAUAAAUUUUGGGACACCAACACAUUUCUAACAUUUUUGGCUCUAUACACCACCGCCAAUGGAUUUUAAAUGAUAUUAGCAAGAUGUACUUUAACUGCAGACUGUCAGCUUUUAUUUGAGGGUAUUUACAUCCAAAUCAGGUGAACGGUGUAGGAAUUGCAACAGUUUGCAUAUGUGCCUCCCAAAAGUAAUGGGACAGAAUAAGAAUCAUAAAUCAAACUUUCAUGUUUUAAUACUUGGUUGCAAAUCCUUUGCAGUCAAAUACAGCCUGAAGUCUGGAACACAUAGACAUCACCAGACGCUGGGUUUCAUCUCUGGUGAUGCUCUGCCAGGCCUCUAUUGCAACCGUCUUCAGUUCCUGCUUGUUCUUGGAGCAUUUUCCCUUCAGUUUUGUCUUCAGCAAGUGAAAUGCAUGCUCAACCAGAUUCAGGUCAGGUGAUUGACUUGGCCAUUGCAAAACAGUCCACUUCUUUCCCUUCAAAAACUCUGGUUGCUUUUGCAGCAUGCUUGCAAGCAUGCAUGCAUCAUUGUCCAUCUGCACUGUGAAGCGCUGUCCAAUGAGUUUUGAAGCAUACAUGCCCACGCCAUGACACUACCACCACCAUGCUUCACUGAUCAGGUGGUAUGCUUAGGAUCAUGAGCAGUUCCUUUCCUUCUCCAUACUCUUCUCUUCCCAUCACUCUGGUACAAGUUGAUCUUGGUCUCAUCUGUCCAUAGGAUGUUGUUCCAAAACUGUGAAGGGUUUUUUAGAGGGCGUCUGGCAAAAUCUAAUCUGGCCUUCCUGUUUUUGGAGCUCACCAAUGGUUUACAUCUUGUGGUGAACCCUCUGUAUUCACACUGGUGAAGUGUUCUCUUGAUUGUUGACUUUGACACACAUACACCUACGUCCUGGAGAGUGUUCUUGAUCUGGCCAACUGGUGUGAAGGGUGUUUUUUUCACCAGGGUUCUUUGGUCAUCCACCACAGUUGUUUUCCGUGGUCUUCUGGGUCUUUUAGUGUUGCUGAGCUCACCAGUGCGUUCCUUCUUUUUGAGAAUGUUCCAAACAGUUGUUUUGGUCACGCCUAAUGUUUUUGCUAUCUCUCUGAUGGGUUUGUUUUGUUUUUUCAGCCUAAUGAUGGCUUGCUUCACUGAUAGUGACAGCUCUUUGGAUCUCAUCUUGACAGUUGACAGCAACAGAUUCCAAAUGCAAAUAGCACACUUCAAAUGAACUCUGGAGCUUUUAUCUGCUCAUUGUAACUGGGGUAAUGAGGGAAUAACACACACCUGGCCAUGGAACAGCUAAGAAGCCAAUUGUCCCAUUACUUUUGGUCCCUUAACAAGUGGGAGGCACAUAUGCAAACUGUCGUAAUUCCUACACUGUUCACCUGAUUUGGAUGUAAAUACCCUCCAAUAAAAACUGACAGUCUGCAGUUAAAGCACAUCUUGUUCGUUUCAUUAGAAAUCCACUGGCGGUGGUGUAUAGAGCCAAAAAUGUUAGAAUUGUGUCAAUGUUCCAAUAUUUAUGGACCUGACUGUAUCACAGACUGACUGGAAUAAGGCAAAUCAUGACAGUCCCAAUGACACUUUCAGUGCAAUGGUGGGUUUAAACUUUUUGAAAUGGUAAAGGUGGCUUCACUGUUUUGUCCGUAAUGUUGAUCUCGCUUGAUUGAUGUGUGUAUCAAAAUUUGACUUUUUUUAUUUUUUUUAUUUUAGCACCAACCAAAAGAAUGAUUUAAACUAGCUGCUGAAACAGAAUUGACCAUAGUUUCAGCCAAUGACUUGACUUGGGGAUUUGCAGGAUUUUCCUCUAUUAUUAGAGAAGAAAAUGACUGAAUGUCCCAGUCUUCAUUCAGACAGCUGGGACUGAAGUGAAAUUUCUCUGAUAGUUGGAAUCAGAGUUUUAGGUCCAGAAUUAAUGUAAAACAUUUAUCCAAAAUGAACACAAUGGCCUUACGAUGAAGUUAUUUUAGAAUUCUUAGAUUGCCUACAUAAAAUUGUGUGUUUUUACUUAAACAUAACCUUUAUUUGAAGACUCUUUAACAAUAGCCAGUUAGUCACUAUAUUUAAUCUUAAUUCAGAUGGCGCUGGUUGCCUGAGUGUCUGACUUUUAUUGAAAUACAUAUACAGUAUGUUUUAACAUACAUAUAUGUUUCAUUUACACUUUCAAGAAACGUUUAGUAAUAUUAAAUGAUAUGCUAAAGAAAACCUAAGCAUUUUUUUAUUCCCACCCUAUUCCCACCUACUAAUAAUCUGAAUACAUAUUCUUUGUGCAUCACAAGGCUGUAGUUUUACCUGUUGCAUGUGAGGUGACUUCAAGAUGCAAAUUAGACAGAAUAAGUGAAGUGGUACAGAAUACUCUAGACAGCUACCAUAUUUAAAGCAAGGGCCACAAAAGUUAACUUGGUAAACUUUUACUAUAACGAGAUGAUCAGAGCCAACUUGCUAAUGCUGGUGCUUUCUUGACCAAUAUUGUCAAUAUAGGACACUUUGUUUUUCCUUUUGCUUAGAAAGGCCCUCACUGUAGCUUGUAUUUAGGGUGGUGUAGGAGGCAACUUUUCUGUUUCUUGUUACUUUUUUUCAUUCUAGAAAACAGAUAAAGAUAGGAUUUUUAUAAAGUAAAUGAUGUUGUUGUUCUGAGCUGGUCUUAACUGACCUUAUGUCAUAAUCUUUGUCUUUGACUUUUUGUAGAAUCCUAUGUGUUUCUAAAAUAUAUGCAGAGAACCACGUUUUGGCAAGUAUUGUACACUUAUUAAACUACCUAUUUGUUUGUAAAGAAGCUGAGGUUCUGGACACUGAAUGGUAACACAGUUAGGCUUUUACUGCCUAAAUGCUAUCUGUUGUCUUUGGAUAGUUCACACUCUGAAGGUGAAGUUUCAUUUAUGUCAUAAAACCUGCUCAACCUACCGUAGAUUAUCUGUGUUGUUUAAGGGAUUUAUUAAAAUGAGUGGAUGCCCUCACAAGCAGCAAGGGGCCUUAAAACUAAUUUAAAAAGAAAACGCAAUCCACAUGUAAGAUAAGAUAAACCUUUAUGAGUCCCACACGUACGAAAUUUUUUGGUCACAGCAGAAAGCACAAGUUAAGAGCAGUAAAAAUUAUGAAAAAAGAAAAAAACAAUAGAAUAGAAUAAGAUAAGAUAGAAUAACAUACUAUACAAAAUAUUAAAAAGCUAAAAAGAGGAUUAAACUUAAGGUCUUAUGCAAUUAAUAUCACACAAAUAGUUAAAGCUGCAUUCAUUCAUAUUUGACACCAUUUUGACAGAAAGAAUUUAAAUAAUGUCUCUUCAUUUAGAUUACUAGAGCUAUUGAAUAAGAUAUUUCUGUGUAUGUCAGUCAGUGCCUCCUUCAGGAGAAACGUGUUUUCUCUCUUCUGACCCCUCAAUCUUUGUUGGAUUUUUAAAAAUUUACUAUUUAAUAUGUAAUUUAAAACAGUUCCUAUGAAAAAAAAAAUCACUUGCCAGAUCUUCUUUUACUUUACCUUACUUUAGCAAACACUGGUUUACUUCUGUUAAAGUUUUUGUGUUUUCAGUCAACAUAACUUGUUGAUUCUUUUAAGCCACCACUACUUCUGUUUUGGCAGUUCAUCAACUCUCAUUAGUUUCUUUUCUUCUUUCUUUCUCUUUUUUUUUACUUUCGUUCACUAAUAUUAAGGUGUGUUCACAGCAGUGAAAAAUUCCAGGCCACAAUAACAUUUUAGAUUAUCUAGCCAAAGACAAAAUUUAUGUCAUUGUGAAGUGUCCAUCAUCCAUUAACAAUUCAUAAGAAUCGCUAUCCCUCCUUGUAGGAGGCCAAGUUACACACACUAAUGCGCUAAUGAUUCUUCAUCUAAACUGUGCUAAAGGUGAAGGUCAUGGUUGUUGAAGGUCAAGGACUGAUCGAUGUGCUUAACUUUAAAAACAGAUUAAAAAUACAAAAAUU